GAAACUCAGACGCAUCUCAAGAGCACUUGGGAGCUGAGGGACAAGUCUAUUGGCUAUUUAUAUAAACGUCAAGGUUUAAUUUAAACUAAGCUUCAGGAUCAUCACGAUUCAGACUGUAUCGUAUAUAAAUGACAAUGGCCCGACUCCAACAUUUGUCCCUUUUCUCCUUUGCUGCCGUUCAUCUUCUCCUGUUCUCCAUUUGCCCAUCAGUCAGCGGCCGCAUUUAUCGAACGAGUGAUGCCAUCGUCAUCGAAGUUGACGAUGUGAGACCCAGCACCUUGGCGAAUCGAAAUUCUGGAAAUCCUCCACUGAUCCCGAUGGCGUAUGCAUCAGUUAAUCCGUACACUGGUCUAUUGUCCCAGCCGUACCCAAAUUUUCCGUUCUGGCCUUAUUAUCCUCUCUACCAGCCGGCCAGCAGCAUCUCAGAUCACGUCGAAAAUGCUACAGCAACUUCCGCUGAUUCUAUUAGGCAGCAGACUAUUGCCUGUGGUGUUGGACCUGAUUUACCGCCGAAACGUAAAAACCCAACGGUUGGCAUAGUCGGUGGAUCUGAUGCCACGCCAAACUCUUGGCCGUUUAUCGUUGGACUGAGAAUUGCUGGAGGGAAUGUGGUUUGCGGAGGAUCCAUCAUUUCCCAGACGAGAAUCCUGACAGCGGCCCAUUGCGUGAACCAAUUAUCAGUGUUCCAAAUUUUGACAAUGACUGUGAGCCUUGGCAUGCACACGCAAGGAAACGGCAAUGAUUUGCCAAAUGAUGCCCAGCAAACGAGGAGGGUCACUCGCGUUGUGUACAACACCAAUUACAAUGAUAAGACGUUGGUAAAUGACGUUGCUGUCUUGACGGUAGACCCACCCAUCAGUUACUCAAAGGUCAUUUCACCCGUUUGCUUGCCGCCAUUCAAUAACGCCGCCGAUCAAUUCGCCGGCAAAGAUGCAGCCAUUAUUGGGUGGGGAAAAUUCAAACCUGACACCCCAGACGUAGUCGGAGUUCUAUCAAAUGCACUUCAGCAAGCUACCGUCAAGAUCAUUGGCAAAGCCAAAUGCAACGAGUUUUGGGGUUCCACUCUGAAUCCCGCCUUCAACCAGCACAUUUGCGCAGGUGCUGAUGGAAAAGACAUGUGCCAAGGUGACAGCGGUGGACCAUUGCUCGUCCAAACUAAAGCUGGUUCUACUGCAUGGACCCAAAUCGGCAUCGUCAGCUAUGGAAAUAGCUGUCCUGCGUUGUCGGCUAAACCCAGCGUCUACGCAAGUGUGGCAUUUUUCAGGAAAUGGAUUGACACCUACAUGAAGAACUAAUCACCAUCUUAUAAGACCCUGCAACCACUCCAAAUCCAAAAUACAGCACACAAGAGAGCACACAACAUAGCUGUGCGGUUUCUAAAAGCCCACGCUAAGGAUUCCCAGUUAAUUGACGCAAGAAAUUUACGUGAGUCAUUUCACUCUCGUGCAAACCGGUUCUGUAUUAGUUUCUGUUUUUUUCUUCUUUCAUAUUCUACAUGCUAUUAUCUUUCAUCCAUUUCUAAUAUUUUCCCUUAAAAUUUUUUAAAAUAAUAUUAUACCUUGUUUUUCGGUUGAACUUUUCGCGCUUGCAUGAAAAAAUGACUAGCGUUGAAUUUUUGAUUCUUAAUAAACGACUUGCAAAUUCAA